UCACACUUACGUGGUUCAGGUGGUACGGUCGGCGAUUCGCCUACAUCGUGGGGGCAAGCGCUGCCUGAGAGGUUUUACUGAGGGCAAAUUUAGCCUUUUCUCAAAUAGGUCCAGAUGUUCAACCACACCAAUUAACCAGGGGUAACUAGUUAGGUACCAGUUUACCUAACAUUCGCAAACUGGAAGAAAGUAGCAUACGAGUGACAGCAGCACACCAUCCGGAGGACACAAAUGAAUCGUACUCCUCCAGAGGCAAUGGGUCUUGACCCAUCCGUGCUGAGAGACCAACUCUUCGAGCUAUGGAACCGGAAAGAUCUGCAGACGCUACAUUUGGCAGCCCUCCAGGGAUUUUCAAAGCUGUCUGAGCCUCUGGAGGAUUUACUAACAAUCCUGGAGGGCUGUCCAGGCAAACAGAAGAGUCGGAGCCACACCCUCGGCAACCACAUCCUCAUGGAAUUCCAAGCAUGGUUGAAGGAGCAUCCUCAGGUGACCCUGAGUUCACUCCCAAAGCAGCAAGCACUGGAGCUCCAGCAUCGUGCUCUGAACUUACUGACAGAUACCCAACCCAACUUUGUAGAGAACCUCAUAAACAUCUACCAUCUCAGCUCCCUGGACCCAGCCACUCUCCGACUGUACAUUGUGAAGUUGCAGGCCCUCAACUGUUACAAAGAGGCAGCAGUUCUCGGCAUAAAGCUUAGGCUACAGAAGGAACUGAAUAUGGAGGAGAUGUGUGUGCCUUUAAUCCUGCAGGAUAAGCUGCCAUUGGCAGAGUCCUUCGUCACAGGUCACAAUCAUCUAGAACAACAACUCGUCACACUGCUCGACUCCUGGUGCCACCCCAACUUCAGUGUAGAAGAUAUCAGCAAGCAGUUCCCUCAUCUUUCUCUGUCCAAACACUGCAUGGGCCAGAUCCACCCCAAAAUGCUCACCAAACACAUCUUACGACUUGUGUUAAAAUUCAACAUAGAGCAAGGACUGUAUCCCAAUGCUCUUCACAAGAGGAGACUGGACUCUUUACGUUUCCUUAUGUACAAGGGGUUUGUGGAGAAAAGCAUGACAGAGGAAAACUGGAGUGACCAUGUACAAUAUGUAGUGGCAGAUGACGUUGAACUGCAGAUUACCUUGGUGGAGAUGUUGGUCAAGUACUGUGGUCACCAGAAAGCCUCUCAGUGGUCACUGAGAUAUAACAUCCCCCGAAAUCGACUUCCCUAUGGGGUAUGGGAAACGCAGCAGAGUCUACCACCUCAUCUACAACAGAUAUGUCUGAGUGAUUCAGCACAAACUGAGGAAUGGAUGCCAUCUCAGUCUCACUGUCAGAAGUUCUACCAGGUGCCCCUCACCAAAGACAAGGUUCACUUUGUGGACACGGCAGAAGCUCUCCAGAAAUGUCGGAACAUUGUGCUUAAGGAAGGUGUUAUAGUAGGAGUUGACAUGGAGUGGCAGCCUACAUUUGGUUGCAUCUCAACUCAGCAGGUUGCCCUGAUACAGCUUGCAGUUUUUGACCAAGUUUUUCUGUUGGACCUCUGUGUAAACGGAUUCUGUCAACACCCAGAUACUAUUAGUUUCAUCAGGAGCUUGUUUUCAGAAAAAAAUGUACUUAAACUGGGUUAUGGUAUGACAGGGGAUCUCAAGAGUCUGUUGGCCACCUGGCAGCAGUUUUUAGAGGAACCACUGAAGAUGGAGGGGGUGCUUGAUCUUCUAAGUAUACACCGAAAGAUCCAGAGUGGUAAGGUCAGCAGGACUCAUAAUGGCCCUAAAGAGGUGCUGGUUGGAGAAGGCUCUGUAGAGAAAGGCCUCAGUCUGCUGGUACAACAGGUCCUGGGAAGGCCCCUGGACAAGACAGAGCAGAUGUCCAACUGGGAGAAACGUCCACUGCGCAUCAGCCAAAUUAGAUAUGCAGUUGCAGAUGCCUACUGUUUGCUGGACGUGUACUCUGUCCUCUCGAGGAACCCAGCACACUUUGGGCUGCCAGCUGACCUGCGCAGCAUCUCUUCAAGCCAAUCAGAGAAGAGUGGAGACAAGAAGCAAAAGGAGAAACAAGCCAAGCAGAAGAAACAGGCCCUUGGCAAAGAGGAAUGUCAGGGGGCUCAAAGGGUCAGUCCCCCUCACUCUGACACAAAGAAGGGCCUCCUGUGUGGCAAGAAGCUCUCAGAAGAUUCCUCCCCUCUGCCCCCCCAGCAGUUGCGGGUGGUGUGCGACAACAUGCUGCAGGGACUCGGGAGGUACCUGCGCUGUUUAGGGGUCGAUGUGGUCAUGUUGGAGAACACUGAUGAUCACAAAGUAGCAGCAAAGUUAGCACAGGCUGAAGGCCGUGUCAUACUCACAUGUGGACAACCGUUCCAAAGUUUACGUUCCCAGGUGGGUGAGGGUCGCUGUCUGUCCCUGGACUGUUCAGAAAAGGCCAGAGACCAGGCUGUUCGAGUCCUCAAACACUUCAACGUCCAGCCCACUCCCAACGAUAUAUUCAGCCGCUGCCAGGCGUGUAACAGUGAUCAGUAUGUGGCUGUGCCCAGACAGGACAUGACCAGGAUGCUUAAACAGAAAGGAUUUCUGCAGGAACAGGACAACACUGAUCACACACAACAGAGGUCCCACCAACAGCAAGAAGAGAACCUUGGUGACAUCUUGACCUCCAGCGCGACCCCUGAACUCCCCAGGUAUGCCCUUCAGUGUCGCUGGGCCUCCCUUUCAGGGCUGGACCCCGACACCCUGACCUUUCCCGGGGGGGCACCCAUACAGCUCCACACCGUGCCCCCUGCCCUCUUGCCGCGGAUACCGCUCUUCUAUGUCUGCACCAGAUGUGGCAAGGUGUUCUGGGAAGGCUCUCACUUUGGUCGCGUCCUCUCCAUGUUUCAGGAGGUCUUACACAUAACAGACGAGGACACUGAGUCAGUUGCAGCGCCCGUUACAGCGGCACAGCAGAACUGACUAAUGUCGAGGUCCUACAGUUAAACUAAACAAAAAACAUCCAGAAUAACGUUUUACACACAUCACACACACACGCUCUCCUGAAAUCUAAAAAUCUGAAAAUCUGAAAAUUAAAUGACCUCAUUCACAAUGGUAGUUCUGUUUUUCCCUUUUCCCUUACAAAUAAGAAGUUUCAACUGCAACUUCAGAUAUUUAUCACUUGUGAUAACAAAUCAUUUGAGUAAAAAUAGAAAAAAAUCAUUUUUUACACCUGAAUAAACAGACUGCACUCAAAAGUCGGACCUCCCAUUGCCUGUUAUUAAAAAACAAAAGGUAAUUCCUAUUUUCACAUCUUUUGUUAUCUCAGCCUUAUUUUGCAAUAUUUGUAUGUUCAACAGUUUUAAAUCUAUUGUGUUUAUAACUAAGUUUUGACUAAGUAAUUUUUAUUGCUGAUUGCAUUCAUUGUCAUACCCAGGCACAUAUAUGGUGAUUUACAGUUUGGAUCGUAUCGAGAUAAAUUGAGUUGCAAUAGGUUAAUUCCUCAAGAACUCUUCAGCUCUCUAAGGAAUGUUAUAUUCAAACUAUAAAGAACAUUAUGUACUUGUUAAAUGUGCACUGAUGUAAAAUUUGUUCCUUCACCAUUGCUAUUAUAUUCUAUAUAGUGACAAUGUUUUUCUUAAUUAUUUUGGCUUUAAAUUUGAAGUUAAAUGAUGACAAGACUCAGUUCUAGUACUUUUUUAGCAGUAUGUGAUACUGUAUCCUUUGAUUCUCUGAUUACAUGUAUAAAAUUGUUAAUUAUUUACGUAGAAGCAGAAUAUGUGUUAAUAAACAUGGUGUUUAUUUCAAUUAUUAAUCUGCGAGAAG